UCCACUCAUUUUCUUUUCUCAUUCCCACAAUCUCAUUUACUUUUUCUCCCUCCAAAGUAGAAGUCCAGCAUUUCUAUUCCACCAUGUCCUCCUUGCAAGCGGCUCGUCGGUCCAUGCAAUGUAUGUUGUCACGCUCAAACGUUCGAUUAGUUCCGGUAUUAGGUAGAAUUUGUGCUGGCCAAGGACGCUUCUUUCAGAGCGCCUCCAUUUUGCGGGGAACCACUUCAUUGAUCUGGAAUCCUAAUGCCAAUGCUCCCAUAGAUACCGGUAUCACGUCGUCUCAUUGGUUUUCUUCCAAGGCGUCGGCUGUCCUCUCUACCGACAUUGACAGCGACAGUGAUGACGAAAGCAGGUAUUUUUCGGAAUUGAAGGAUUUGAAUCCUCGCACUCUGGAGCUUUUGCAGAAAAAGGGUAUUGACUGCAUGACGGAUAUCCAAGACAAGACAUGGGAUGCCGUCGUGUCGGGAAAGGAUGUACUGGGCAAGAGUCGCACAGGAUCGGGAAAGACACUGGCAUUUCUCUUACCCACUUUGGAACGUCUCCUGCAAGAGAGUAACCACACACAGUGCCGCAUGCUCAUUAUUUCACCCACACGAGAACUCGCCUCACAAAUUCAUAAAACAGUGGCCGAUUUGGUGAAAGCACAGGAUGGAAUCCAAGCACAAGUGUUGUAUGGCGGUGUUUCCAAGGGUGCUGAUAUGAAGCGGUUCGAUCGCCGGAAGCAACCUACCAUUGUGACAGCCACACCGGGCAGACUCUUGGAUCAUUUGGAAAACUCCUGGUUGAACGACAGAGACCAGCCAUUUGCCGACUGCUUCAAUGAUAGUGUCGACAUUCUCGUCUUGGAUGAGAUGGAUCGGUUGUUGGAUCUGGGAUUUCGACAGGAUAUUCAACGCAUCAUUUCCUAUUUGCCAGAGCAACCUCGUCAAACACUCCUGUUUUCUGCCACAGUGCCUCCUUCUGUCCAGAAGGAAGUGCAGAGUUACUUGCAACCGGAUCACCUUACCGUCGAUUGCAUUCAAGACGAAGAUCCCAAUUUGCAGACAGUGAAAACCGUAAAACAAUCGCAUGUCAUUGUGCCUCGCGAUCAAAUGAUUGCUGGGGUCGUGCAGUUGAUUGAACACAUACUAGUAUCAUCAUCCUCGGAGAAGAAGAAUGCCAAGUUGAUGGUCUUUUGCAAUACCACCAGCCAAACAACAUUUCUUACCCAGCUCUUUCAAACGUAUCUUCAAAACGACCCAGCCAGCAGCACAACAACGCGACAACCCAUUGUUUUGGAAUUGCACAGCAAACUCUCCCAAAACUCACGCAGCAAUACCAGUGAACGAUUCCGCCGGUCCAAGUCUGCCAUUUUGUUCACGUCCGAUGUGUCGGCACGGGGUGUCGAUUAUCCCGAUGUCUCACAUGUCAUCCAAGUGGGAUGUGCCCGCGAUCGAGAAACCUACAUUCACCGAUUGGGACGCACCGCACGAGCGGGAAAAGAGGGUGAGGGACUCGUGGUACUUCUUCCAGACGAACUCGAUGCACUCGAUGGGUUGUUGAGUGGUAUCGAAAUUCCGCACAAUCUAGAAUUGCAACAGGAUUUGGAAUCUACCAGUUCGGACAACAACAGUAAGCGGCUGGAACGAGCCUUGGACGAUUGGCAAGUGGCCGAAAAGGGAGCGGAUUGCUACCGAGGCAUGUUUGGAUUCUAUUUUCAACAAUUUCGAGAAUGGGGCAUGCGUAAACCCGCGGAUACAGUCUUUGAUUUGAUCAAUUCGUUUGCCGACCAGGCGAGAUUGCAAGAGCGUCCCACUUUGUCUCACAAAGUGUUGAAACAGUACGGUGUCUUGGAUCAUCCAUCGUUGUCCUCGCGUCCGGCAUCAUCCUAUCAGGGUGGUAGUGGGUUUGACCAGCGCCGCCAUCAUCGCAGCGACUUUAGCGGUCGUGGUCGUGGCGAUCAAAGAAGAGGAAAUAAUGAAUCCUUUGGUCGCAAGGGUGGAAGUGAUAAGAAACGAAAUGGCGGAAGCGCCAAGGGAAACCGCCGUCGAGAGACCCGGUGGUGAAUAUUCAACCGCGUUGGUGAAAUUAGCCAGUCAUUAACUAUGCUAGAAGAACAGCCAUUAUAGACUUUGGGAAAGCAAGGAUGCUAGCUAGCAACGCCACUACUAGUCUAAUACUAUCAAUAUCAAACAAGAGCAAUGAACUAGUAUGCAAUAAUAAAGACUCUGGAACCCUUAGAAACCCAAAAACUGCACUGUCACAGCGCACACCUUGUCAUGGAUAAUCCAAGCAUGAAGGAGGCCACCCUUAGAGUCCUUAUCCCCACUAAAUCCAAGCCCACAAUAGUUACAGCGCGUACCGUAUUGGGAAUAGACAUGAAAUAAUAUAUACCCUUGGUCCCUUCUUGUUUUUAGUCAAUCUCAAUGGCAUCUACAGCGCUGUUUCCCUGUUUCUUGAGGCUGGUAGUGGAUUGUCGUUUGCGCGGCUUCUUUUUGAGCUGACUAUUCUCUUCUUGCAGAGACCGAAUGUGUUGCUCUGCCUGUUGGCUCUUCUUCUGGGCAUUAUCCAGUUGUUGCGUCAAUUGUUCAAUGGAUUUUGCCUUGCGUUCAUUUUCGAUUUGGAGACUCGUCAUCGUAGAAUUUUUUCCUCCAGAGCUGGCCUUUGGAGGUUGAAUAGCUGCCGAUGACGGUUGCUUUCCAAAAUUCUGACGAUUUUUUGUCUUCGCAUUGGGGAUAAUGGCCGUGGAGGAUCCAAAACGAAAGUUUUCUUUGGAUGCCGCAGGAGCGUUUUUCUUCUUCUUAUUGGGAUUGACGAUACUGCCAUUCGCUGCAUUGGCGCGCCGCUCAAGAUUGGCAUGGUGAAUGCGAAUGGCUCGUUCUCGGCCUCGGUCCUUCAUUUGUUCGCCAAAGGUAGCCAUGCCUUCAUCAAAUACUUUUCGUUUCUUGGUGCCCCGCAUGUGUUGGUUCCCACCCAGUGCCACGGCUACAUCACGAGAGAUCUCUCCAUGACGCUCCAAAGCUUGCUUGGUCCGAGAGCCCCGAGAGGAUGCUUUUUCGUAGAGGUUUCCAACUCUCGAACGGUUGAGGUUGCGCGAGGAAAGGGACACCUUUGGAUCGGGGCCAGAGCUCUUUCCCAGACGCUCCACGGCUCCUAGACGCUUGCGAGGAGGGUUCAUGGCUGUUGUUUUAUCAAUAGCAGUACUAGUUGCUUGUUAUUUUACCGACUGGGAUUGGGAUGGCGACUACGACUCUUCAUCGGCUUGAUGAGAAGAAACCAUGGUGCUGUGUGUUGUUAUCUAAAAGGGAAUUUCGCCCUUUGAAAUCGGUUAAAAUUUUGGCGGUUAAAGCGCUAAAAGGAUUAGAGAAACGUUUGCUGUCU